CGACUCCCGGCGGCGGCGGGGGGUGGGGAGGAGGCGCUAUGGCCGACGUGUUCCCGGGCUCCGAGCCCGGCGCGGACCCGGAGGCGGCGCGGCGCUUCGCUCGCAAGGGCGCCCUGAGGCAGAAGAACGUGCACGAGGUGAAGGAGCACAAAUUCAUCGCGCGGUUCUUCAAGCAGCCCACCUUCUGCAGCCACUGCACCGACUUCAUCUGGGGAUUUGGGAAACAAGGAUUCCAAUGCCAAGUUUGCUGUUUUGUGGUUCAUAAGAGAUGCCAUGAGUUCGUUACCUUCUCUUGUCCUGGGGCUGACAAGGGGCCUGACACUGAUGAUCCCAGAAGCAAGCACAAGUUUAAGAUCCACACCUAUGGGAGCCCCACCUUUUGUGACCACUGUGGGUCCCUCCUUUAUGGGCUCCUGCACCAAGGGAUGAAGUGUGACACCUGUGACAUGAACGUUCAUAAGCAAUGUGUGAUAAACGUCCCCAGCCUCUGUGGAAUGGACCACACAGAGAAAAGGGGAAGGAUCUACCUGAAAGCUGAAGUCAUCGGUGAAAAACUGGAAGUAACAGUGAGAGAAGCAAAAAACCUCAUUCCCAUGGAUCCAAAUGGACUCUCAGAUCCUUAUGUUAAACUGAAGCUCAUCCCAGACCCGAAGAACGAGAGCAAACAAAAAACAAAAACCAUCCGUUCCACUCUGAACCCAGACUGGAAUGAGUCCUUCACGUUUAAAUUAAAGCCUUCAGACAAAGAUCGCCGGUUGUCCGUCGAGGUCUGGGACUGGGAUCGAACAACCAGGAAUGAUUUCAUGGGAUCUCUUUCAUUUGGGGUGUCAGAGCUUAUGAAAAUGCCAGCCAGUGGAUGGUACAAGCUGCUGAAUCAAGAAGAAGGUGAAUAUUACAAUGUUCCAAUUCCAGAUGCUGAUGAAGAUGGAAAUGCAGAGCUCCGGCAGAAGUUUGAGGACUGUCAUGUAAAUAUCCACUUCUUCAAGAAAGCCAAACUUGGGCCAGCUGGUAACAAAGUCAUUACUUCAACAGAAGACAAGAGCUCAAGUGUGCCAUCCAACAAUCUGGACAGGGUCAAGCUGACAGACUUCAACUUCCUCAUGGUUCUUGGAAAGGGGAGCUUUGGGAAGGUGAUGUUGGCAGACAGGAAGGGCACGGAGGAGCUCUAUGCAAUCAAAAUACUGAAGAAAGAUGUGGUGAUCCAGGAUGAUGAUGUUGAAUGUACAAUGGUUGAGAAACGAGUCCUGGCACUGCAGGAUAAACCUCCAUUCCUGACACAGCUCCACUCCUGUUUCCAGACAGUUGACCGGCUGUAUUUUGUGAUGGAGUAUGUGAAUGGUGGGGAUCUCAUGUAUCACAUCCAGCAAGUAGGAAAAUUUAAGGAGCCACAAGCAGUGUUCUAUGCAGCUGAGAUCUCCAUUGGGUUAUUCUUUCUCCACAACAGAGGGAUUAUUUAUAGAGAUCUGAAAUUAGAUAAUGUGAUGCUGGAUUCGGAAGGACACAUUAAAAUUGCUGAUUUUGGAAUGUGCAAAGAGCAUAUGUUAGAUGGAGUAACAACCAGGACCUUCUGUGGCACUCCAGACUACAUUGCACCAGAGAUUAUUGCUUACCAGCCCUAUGGGAAGUCAGUGGAUUGGUGGGCCUAUGGUGUGCUGCUCUAUGAGAUGCUGGCUGGACAGCCUCCAUUUGAUGGGGAAGACGAGGACGAACUUUUCCAGUCCAUAAUGGAGCACAACGUGUCCUAUCCAAAAUCACUGUCCAAAGAAGCUGUCUCCAUCUGCAAGGGGCUAAUGACUAAACAUCCUGCAAAACGCCUUGGCUGUGGCCUUGAAGGUGAGAGAGACAUCAGGGAACACGCUUUCUUCAGGAGGAUUGACUGGGAAAAAUUGGAAAACAGAGAGAUUCAGCCACCUUUCAAACCUAAAGUGUGUGGCAAAGGGGCCGAAAACUUCGAUAAGUUCUUCACGCGAGGACAGCCGGUGCUGACGCCCCCGGAUCAGCUGGUCAUUGCCAACAUAGACCAAACGGAUUUCGAAGGGUUCUCCUACGUCAACCCCCAGUUUGUGCACCCCCUUGAACAAAAUGUAGCAUGAAACAGCAGAGCAGGAACAAAUCCCGCCCUGGGGAACAGCCCGCAACCCUACAAUUUUUAGGCUUUCGCCUUGUUGAUUCCAUUUGGGCCUGGAAAUUGUAGGGUUCGAGAGUGCAGGAUGAGGGAAGGGCCACUUAAUCAGGAUUUGGGCUUUGCAACAGCGUUGUUGUCUUAAUGGGACAUGAAUUAGUGUACGGUGCCCUCUUACUCUUCUAGAAGUCACCGCUGACUUGUCUAAACUUACCCAUUUUUUGGUACGUUAUAUAUUUUGUAACUUCCCCCCUGUCCUUUUGCUCCCUUUUCCACUCUGUUGUGUUAGGAAAAAAAAAUCUAACACGUGGU